AUAUUUUGUCAGAAACUGGUAGUGAGAUAAUUUGUAGUACCAAACCUUCAAACCUACGAUUUAUGGUUCACUGUGUUUACAAAUUAUCUUUCCUUCUAAAAUAUGAAACGAGAAAUCCUAUAUUUCUACUUGACGCUAUUAAGACAUGGAGAAACAGCUGAAAAUAAAAAUCAAGUGAUUCAAGGUCACUUGGAUACCGAUCUAUCAGCAAUUGGGCUGGAACAAGCUAGGGAUAUUCGGACCCUCAUUAACCAAAGCAAACCAGAUAUUAUUAUUUCAAGUGAUCUAAAAAGAGCUAGAUAUGUAAGUUACUGAUUUUCCUGAGACGGCGAAAAAUCUGAUUUGGUGAACUUGUUAUUUUCGUUUUGACUACUUUAAAUGGCCAAGACAAUUUCUCUAGUUUGAUUAUCUUAAUAGAGAUUUUUUCACGAUUGUUAACUUUUACUAAAAUUUAUUUAACAACUUGUAUUUCGUCACGAUCACUUAGUGAUCUUAUAAGGUUACUGGAUGCCGUCUCGCUGUCACCUGUGGUAUGCAGUGUGGCAAAUGCAGAUGUUGGUUUCACGAAGCAUCCAAAAACCCCACAGCUGCUUACUACAUGCUUAGUAUAGUGUCUCAGAGGUCCCAAGCAACCAAUAAAGGGGAAAUAAAGGCGAAAAAGGGGAAAUAAAGGGAACGAAAGCCUAAAUAAAGAGGUCACUGACUUCCAAAUGACUUCUGGCAUAAUAAUCACUCCUGGUCACCCCCUAAAACACCUACCUAAGCUCAGUCUCAGUAAAAAUCUUUGUAGUGACACUCAGAAAUUCGAGGCACAACAACAUAGUGGACUAGGUAUACCUGUUCCUUAUAAGCAGUCAGAUUCUGGAACGCUCUGUGGGCUGAAGUGGUUCAAGCGACUUCCCGGGAUCACUUCAAGAGGAAACCUGACAUAUUCUUAAGAACGCAGAACAGUAUUUCACUAUACUUUACUGAUAUUUCUCAUUUAUUUUUUAUACAUAUUUUAACACAUAGGUAUUGGUACAAGAAGGCACCAAAUACAUAUGCGCCACACAGAUUUCAUUUGAUAUGUGUGAGAGCUGUGAUACUGCCAGGGUGCCCAGACCAAAGCAGGUGGUUAUCUUAGGGGGCCACACCCCGAGCCUUUGACCUAUAGGUCUGACCCACAAGACAAUGGGGCAUCGUGAGAUAUAGUCCCAUGGUAGCCGGUGACCAACGAUUGGUUCAUACGCCAUUUGUUCCCUCAGGAUAUUGGAGCUCAUGUGCACCAUUGGUUUGGAAUCCGGUUAAAGCGCCGGACAUUCGCUUUUCGUCCUCUCAAUUUCGUAAACGACAUCCCCGCCACGAGAAGGCAGUGAGUAGGACUUCCCUGACAGAAGCUAUAUACGCGUAGCCAUGUGAGAGCAUUUCGAGAGGGAGAGCGGACUCUCCCCGCCGUACUAGGGCAUUUGGGAGCUAUCGUUAAAUAUAUCUAAGCUACUACUUAAAGGCGUCGGUAAUGUUUCGAAUUUUAUAUCCCACCUAUGUAAGACUACAUUUAGAUUACUGUAUCCAAGCAGCUAGCCCAUUUCUGGUAGAGGAUACUAACUCACUUGAGCGUGUCCAGCGUGUGGGAACGAAAUUAGUGAAGGGUCCUUCAAAACUCCCUUACGAUGAGCGUUUAGAACGCCUAAUCCUUUUCCCCUUGUCGUAUCGUAGAACGCAAGGUGACCUUGUACUGGCAUUUCGUAGUUAUGAUUUGGGUGUUAAUAUGUCUUAUCUUUUUGCUCCCUCCAGCACUAAUAAUCUCCGAGGCCAUAGCAAGAAGGUUCACAAACCACGAUCUAAUAAGCUUAAAGUAGGGUCCCGUUUUUCUCAUCGAGUAGUCAGUGACUGGAACGCCUUACCCGAACAAGUGGUAUCAGCCCCAUCAGUAAAUAAGUUCAAGGAGAAGCUGGACCUUCACUGAAAGGCAAUCUGUCAGGAUUAACGCAGGUUCACCAACCUACUAUCCUUAUUACUGAAGACUGAUCCAUUGCUACUAGAUACGAAAACCCGUUAGGCGAGAGCUUCAAUUUCAUCCAAUACCAUUUGAACCACUUGGGCAAAUUUUACAUUUUUAUGAUUUUGGGUUUUUGUCAUGAAAGUUUUCUUCAGAACAAACAUAUUUUUCAAGGCGAGAAGUAUACCUGUUUACGUUCUCAGUAAAUAGUCAUAAGUCUGUUAUUGGUCAACAGGAAUCGUGAUGAGGCAGUUAUUUUAGUUUUUAUACUUACAGUUUAGUGUUAUCAAUGAAUGAUUCUUAUACUCACUGUGUAAUAAUAAAAUAAGACUGAAAGGAUUUUCUUCUUGCUCAACUUGUUUUAUAUAGCAAAAUCAAAAUAAGGCAUAAUUAAGAUUUGCUUCUUUAUUUUACCCAAUCAAUAAGAACAAUUAUCUUCAUUUUGUGGUUAGGAAUCAGCCUUUGGAAAUCAUAAUUUACUUGGACCAGUUUUUCGAUAUGAUUAUUGUAAAAAACUGUACUGAGAAGUAGCUGCUUUUAGAAUAAGGUGACUAAUGCGUGUCAGUUAUGACUGGUCGGCUAUCUAUAUGAUGUAAUUCACCCAACCAUUAUUUUGUAUGUAGACUUUAAAUCGAAUCAUAGGUACAGAAACACCUUGUAAAGGUAAAUACUCAGUAAAACAGCUACCUUAAGAUUUUAAAUUGCGGAAACCUUAGUGUGAGAAAGAGUAAUGCUACCUGAAUUCUCAAGGCAAAGUUGUUAAAUCAGGUCCUAAGCGUGUAGCUUGACAGUUGAAAGUAGUAUCGUUGUCAGAGUUUUAAUGCAUUCUUAAUUCAAACAGUGUUCCGUGCAUUGAUGGUAGGUUUCCUAUUUGUUUUUUCCAAUAUUUGAUAACUUAUUAUGUACAUGUGUUAUACUUGUGGACGUAGAAGUUUUAUGAUCGAUCCAGUUGAAAUUAAAUCAAUAGGACGAUGAAGUCAAAGAUUGCUGUUAAUUCUGUAGUAAAUUUGGUAGUGGUGCUGGCGACGUGUAUAUUAUGUAGUGUUGUAGUAUUUCAUUGAUACUUGCAUUUAAAUUUGUGUGUAUUUUCUUAGACGGCAUAUGAGAUAACCGACCCGUCUGUUAUUGAACUGGAAUCACGAAUACGUGAAAGAAACUUUGGAUCUCUUACUGGUCGCCCAAGAUCUGAAGUUCAGCAAUUCACAGAAACAAAUUUCAAGACUGGAUUUGAAUGUGAUGGCUGGCGCAACAUUGGUGGAGAAUGUACUCAUGAGAUGGCAAGUCGGACACAUGACUUCCUUCUGGAUCUGUGUUCUCGUCUUGUAGAAACAAGGGUGAAGCAUACCAACGUUUCUUGUCAAGAUCCUUUUCCAAUCAUAGGGUCUAGUGAUUUGCUACCGAUGGGGAAGCUAAUUUGUAAGAAUUUUGAUGUCUUUCCAAAUGUAAAUGCCAAAGCUGCAGAAUCGCCUAUAUCCACUUAUGCAGGACAUGUUCUUAUUGUAGGUCAUGGCGGUUGGAUUCGUCAGUUUUUGAGGCUUUUAGCCUUUCAUUCAAUGUACAGACAGAAUUUCCCAAAGCAAUGUGUCAGCUCGGUAAUGAACAACUGCGGAAUAUGCCAAGUAGGCGUGGCUUUUGAUAUUUGCAGUCUUAAAGCUUAUCAAAAGUGUCCACAAUAUGAACGUGGAGUUUUUAUGUCCCCUCUCCCUGUUUUCGGUAAUAUUAUGACUCACAGUGAGACAUCUAGUGUGAAGAAAUCCAUUCAGUGUUCCUAUAUUCAUUUAGCUAAUCCUAGUUUACCUAUUAUGACGGUCUGUUACCAAUUCAAUGCCACAAAAUCAUUACUUGAAAAGCAUGAACAUUUACAGCGUGAGCCUCAUUAUCUAGCAGUUCCUACUGAUGAAACAUGUUUACAAGAAGAAAGAAUACCUCAAGAUGACGGAGAUGAGUAUGCUGGAUAUCCACUAAACAAAUAGACAAAUUCAAAUCACAAAUAUGUAGAUAUUUUAGUUAUUUUGUAGCAAAAAAGUAAAUUUUUAAUGGCUUAGUAAUUUAACUAAUUUCUGGUUGCUACCCUGUAACUGUCGUUUGAAUCGCUCUAACAACUCAUUGAUUAUUCAUUUGUCACAAGCGAAAAAUUUCUGUACAUUUCAAGAAAUCGAAAUUCACUAAGAAUAUAUUUUCCAAGAUUAGUUUUGAUUUUUCCGGAACUCCGUACAUUUUUUAAGUUGUUCUAAAACUUUAGUUGAAUGUGUUAACUUUAAACAACUGAGUAGUUCUUGUUAUUUUAUUCUACCUUGAACACAUCCUGCUCAGAUUUCGUCGAAUAUGAGUUUUUAAUCCUUUAUUUUCAUAUUCACAGUUAUGGCGACUAGUUGUUAAAAGCUAUAAUUCUACAUCGUUAAAUAAAAUCAGUGUCACUCACUGCAGCUUUAAUUAAAGAAGAAUCGUGUGCUAUAUUCUAUCAUUUAAGCUUAUAAUUGUGGUUUUUGUCGCUUAUCAUGUCCCUUUAUCUGACUCGAAUUUGAUCGUAUGAUGAUGGUAAAAAAAUAGAUAUCCCGCCUGCCCUCGUAUAUAUUUAUCGACUUCAUUCACGUUAGUGAUUAACAGUAAAGAUUAAAUCGAAUGCGAGAUUGGCUUUUGGAUACGUAUAUUUCAUACACUCGUCACCACAAACAGACGAUAAGUGAAAGGAAGCCGAAACGGUAGUCGUAUAAACUCAAUUUCAUAAGGCGUGACUCACUAUUUAUGUUCAGACAUGAAAAUAAACUAAAGAGAUGUGAUGAAUAGGGUAAGUGAUAAGCACAUACAAAAACUCAAAAAACAAAUAAGGAUAUGGGGGAAUGGUUGACAAGGUCAAGAUGAAUGUUGGUACCGACUCAAAAAGGGUGGAUUAAUUGUUCUAUCCACAAUCCAGAGUAACGUAAGCAUGAUACAGUGCUGGACACUACAUGCUAUCUGUGAUUCUGGGUCUUUUAUAGGAACUGUUUAAAUGUGGACUAUUGACUGUUGUGGCACUAACUUCAGAGGUUUGUUACAUCUUAAUGUUCUGAAUCGAAAUCUCUUUCUAGUGGCAAGUAGGGGAUAUCCUAAUAGUUUAGUGAAUAUUCUUGUAUACUAAAUAUUCAAAGUAUGGUCACCCAAAACAUCUCAAACUCUAUCAAUACUAUGAAGUCACAUAUAGAUCCAAGUUUCCAAAAUUGUUAGAAAUAAUGUAUUCAUUACUUUUAAUACUGAGAAAAUAACCAUAUUUUCAAAAAUAUCUCUUCG